AUGGCAUACACUCCUGAUUCAUUCCAGAGCGAAAUCAUUUACCCGACUCACUCCCGGGGCUCCAGCAGUGACAUCAGCACUGCCAAUCGCCUCCUGCUGAGCAGGCAGAACCGGCUCCUGAAUGGGAACCUUCGGGACUACCGCACCUCGUCCCCCAUGGGAAGAGUUAUCCUCAUCAAUACACCCCUUGAAGCUAACAGUGAUGAGAGUGAUGCCAUCAAUGCCAUUACGGUGGAAAAAAGCACAGAUGGGAAGCUGGGCUUCAGUGUGCGCGGAGGCUCGGAGCAUGGCCUGGGUAUCUUCGUCAGCAAGGUGGAGGAGGGCAGCAGUGCAGAACAGGCUGGGCUGUGUGUUGGAGAUAAAAUCACAGAGGUGAAUAGUGUGAGCUUGGAGAACAUUACAAUGGGAAGCGCAGUCAAAGUCCUGACGGGGAACAACCGGCUGCGGAUGGUCGUGAGACGCAUGGGCAAAGUGCCAGGGAUAAAGUUCUCCAAAGAAAAGACCACAUGGGUUGAUGUGGUGAACAAGCGCCUGAUUGUGGAGAGGAGUGGCUCAACUCCAUCAGACACGAGCUCUGAGAUUGGGAGGCGGAGGAUCAUUCACCUGUAUACCACCUCUGAUGACUACUGCUUGGGUUUCAACAUCCGUGGGGGGAAAGAGUAUGGCCUUGGUAUCUACGUCUCCAAAGUGGAUCCCGGCGGGCUUGCUGAGCUUCAUGGGGUCAAGGUCGGCGACCAAGUCCUUGCAGCCAACGGAGUCAAGUUUGACGACAUCAGCCAUAGCAAGGCAGUGGAAGUGCUAAAGGGGCAGACCCACAUCAUGCUGACCAUCAAGGAGACGGGGAGGUUCCCUGCAUACAAGGAAAUGGUGGCUGAGUAUUGCUGGCUCAACAGAUUGACCAAUGGCCAGUUGCAGGAGCUGUCCCAGACCUCAGAAUCCAGCUCCUCUGCGUCAUCCUACUCCUCAGGGACCCCCUUCAGCUCCAUGAAUGGCCUGUUCAUGGCCCCGAUCCCCAGCUCAGCAGCACAAAGUUGCAUGGUGGAUGUUGGCAUCUCUGCUGAACUGCCAGUCCAGAGACACACCUUGGAGAGAGCAGAGACCGCCAUGCAGACUGAUCCGCUGUCGGACGGUGCCUCCUAUUCGGGGAGUCUGGUGAUGGAGACCCGACGGGUUGUGGAGCCCUUAAAGAUCCUGAAAGACACUGCCAUCCGCACCGAGAGCCUCAAAGAGUCCUUCCGCUUGAAGAAGCACCGGCCCUUUGCCAGCAGAGAGACAACAGACCCCUCCCCUAAAACUGCCCUCCUUCUGGCACUCAGCCGUCCACGACAGCCCAUCAAGAGAUCGCAGAGCUAUCUGACCAUUUAUGAGGAGAAACGCCAGAGGAAGAAAGAGAAGCCGGUCUCCUCGGAGAAGAAGGCCACGCUCCAGCGCUCCAAAACCCUCAUGAACCUGUUCUUUAAAAGCACCCGGACAGGGAAGCCAAGCUCGGCAGCUGGGUCACCAGAGACACAGAGGCGGUCCAAAUCCCCAGCGCGGUCUGAUGGCGAGAAAGAAAAAGGCCGCCUUUUCCCCUCCUUGGGCUCCUCUCCCCAGUACAACGGCACGGAGCGCAGCAAAGUCACCGAGAGCCACCUGCUGCUUAUUGAAGACAUGGCCAGGAAGCUGCUGAUGGAGGAUGAAGUGGCAGCUGUGCUGAGACACUGCACCCGGUACAUCCAAGAAAGUGGGGUGGAAGAUCUGGUGAGGCCACUCCUGGCGAUUCUCGACCGGCCGGAAAAGUUGCUUCUCCUCAGAGAUAUCAGGAGUGUGAUCACCCCCACGGAUCUGGGCCGUUUUGACAGUAUGGUUGUGCCGGUGGAGCUCGAAGCCUAUGAUGCCCUGAAGAGCAGAACAGUGAGGUCACCUGCUCUCCGCCCAGCACAGCAGGAAACACCUCCCAAGAGACAUCUCAUCACCCCAGUGCCUGAUUUCCGGGGCAGCUUCCUCCUGAAGCCAGUGACCAGCGAGGAGAAAGGAGGGGAGGCGGAGGAAGCAGCAACAGCGCUGAAGGAUAGGAUGAAAGGCCUGCAGCUCUCGUCCAGCCCUAGACGGACUCACCCCCGAGGAUAUACCCCUCUUCCCGACGUGCCAGUGGAUGCCUACGCCUCCCACAGCAUCUCCGCCUCAACUGCUGGGGGCGGUGGGCAGCCCCACUGGUUCCUAAGCAGGCCCGCAAAAAUGUCAGCGAGCCCCACGCGAGCAGCACCCCCUCGGGAAGAGGCGGGGCAAUCCCAAGAGCAAGGGGACAGGCGGCCUGGCCGAGGGAGGCCUCGCACGCCCAAGUCAAGCCACAGCAAAGCCACAGUCUGGGGGCCACAUGGGGAAGUCCAGCCUGCCAAGGACACCCUGUACUCUGCGGUCAACAGGCCCCGAAGAGGUAGGCCCCAGCUGAAGCAGCUCUUCAAGGACGCCCCGGCCGCUGACCAAGAGGGCCUGCUCCAAAAUGGCCCCAGUGAUGUCCUGGAGGAGGAAUAUGAGCUGCUGACGGUCAACCUGUCCAAGAGCAAACAGUCUCUGGGGAUCAGUAUUUCCGGUGGCAUAGAGUCCAAAUUGCAGCCAAUGGUGAAGAUUGAAAAGAUUUUUCCGGGGGGAGCAGCAUCCCUGAGUGGAGAACUGGAGGCGGGCCAAGAGCUGGUUGCAGUGGAAGGGGAGAGUUUGCAGAACGUGACCCACCAGCGAGCUGUGGACAUCAUCCGCCAGGCCUAUCGCAACAAAGCCAAGGAGCCCAUGGAGAUUGUGGUGAAGGUGCCGAAGAGAGCCAGGUAAUGCCGUGGACAAAGCGACAUGUCCUGAAGAACGUGGCCAGCCCAGGCCUUCGAAGUGGCUGCAAGCCCCCACUGUCAGCA